AUGGAUGGCGGCAGUGAGCAACACGGAGGCACGCGCAUCCUGGAGCUAGAUGGCGCAACACUGACGUUUGACCAGUUUUGUGAGUGCUGUCUCAAACCAAACUUCCCCGCCAUCAUUCGCCGUGCUGUUCCCGAAUGUGAGACGGACUCAACGGGGUGCUUUUGUUCCUCGCUGGAGCGAAUGAGGUCACGCCUCGCACCCAAGAGCCUGAUUGACGUAUAUGGGGAGGAUCAUCGUGUCCCAACGGCGGAAACCGUGACUGAAUCGCCCUCUAAUGUUGACCAAACUGAGUACAUGUUGUGCCGUACAAGGUCGUUGAGUGAGGUUAUGAAGUGCUGGCGCCAGAAUGAGAGAGUGUUGUAUUUGAAGGACUGGCAUAUGCAGCUGGACAGUGAGUCGCGUGCGACGACUUCCGACACUUCUCAAUUGAAGAUGGCAGGGUUGAAUAAGGAGCAACGUGUCAUGCACGGCGAUGGUCUUUAUCAGGUUCCCGCAUACCUGGGUGACGAUUGGAUGGAUAACUUCUGCCGGCGCUCACGAGCUGACAAAGUACAUUAUCACCAUUUUGGUGGUGCAGAUAGUGAUUAUCGUUUUGCAUACAUUGGGCCGCCUUCCAGCUGGACACCAUUACACUUUGACGUGUUUGGAACGUACUCCUGGUCACUAAAUGUGUGUGGGGAGAAACUGUGGUACUUUCCGUCGCCAGAGGGCAAUCAGCGUCUCCUGGAAAACAGCUUCUAUGGUCUGAUGUUGCCUAUUGACAUUCGCACCACUACAGAUGCUGAGCUGUGGGCAGUUCUGCAGCGUCCAGGGGAUCUUGUGUUUGUACCAAGUGGAUACCUGCAUCAGGUUCAUAAUGUAAGUGGCCCACGCUUUCCAUUACCCCUGAAAAACGCCGUGCGGGCUGAAAAUUCGGUGGAAUUUGAUACAUCCGAGAGUUUAGAUAGUACAGAAGCUGACAGUGUUGCCUUGGUGAUUUCUAUCAAUCAUAACUGGUGUAAUGAGUGGUGUGUUACGCGGAUGGUGGAGGCCUUUUGUCGCGACGCCAAUCGCAUACGACAACUCUUGACGGAGAAGGAUCGUAUCCUGCUUUUUGGCGACGACCUCGCGGCGUGGCACGACCAUGUGGAACAAUUGUUGAUUGGAGGCACCAAUUGGAAUUUUGCCUGCAUCCGUAGUUUCCUGAAGCACGGCCUUGCUAGCCUCAGCACGCACGAUUCUGGGUGUGGUGCGCAAGAGCGCCUGCGACGCAUCCUUGAAAAAUGCCUUGGUGAUGUUAAUGCCAUCGAGUUGCGCAUCACUCACAUUUGUAGAAAGUGA